GUCCAAUACCAACAUCUCGAGCGAAAGGAGCAGAAUGAAAGCGGAGCGAGUUCGUGUUAGUAAAUACAAGCGGAGUGAAGACGGAAUAAAAGAGCGCUAACACAAAAGCGGAAUAAAAGCAGCACUGACACACACAUUCAAGCACUGGCGGGCGGUUUUGCUAACUCCGCCGAUGGAUGAUGAGGAGGAUGAACAGCUUCCUCCCUUCUGUGAAACACUGCUAAGAAACAAGAGCUCAGAGAACAGAGACGGCCCACGAGGUGCGCUGGGACAAACGGCUUACAGACACGGACGCUUUGAAGACAGAUCGACGCAGACUGCCAGAACUGUUCUGAAUUCAGCGAGAGACAGAGAUAUGGCACCAUUUCAGGGUUUAGAGAGAGAUGCAUCAUCUCCCUGCAGAGCUGUGGACGCCAGGACUGCAUUUGGGGCUAACUGUGGAACUGGGGGCCUCGCGUCACUGACUAUGGCUCCUGGGGCCCCAGAAGGGCAAAGAGCGCUUUUUCAUGGAAAUGCUGGAUUUCGUUCACACUUCCCUGCACUGUUCGAACCCGUCCCGGAUGGCACACAAAACACAGAAGAGGACGAAGGGAGACCAGAAGAAAAGGAAGACGAACGUGAUGUGGGAGUUAGCGUGGAGAUUCAGAUUGGACGUAAACUGCGUGAAAUGGGGGAUCAGUUUCAGCUGGAACAUCUUCAGCUGUUCACUCAAAGGGGCCAGAUGGGUUUGUUCCAGCUUGUGACAACACUCUAUAACUUCCUUUUUCCUCAAGAAAGACCCCAGAAUGCAAGAGCCCAUAGAUGAGAGGCCACGGUGCACCUGUUCAGGACCCAACUGAGUUUAACACAGCACUGUAAGAUGUGCAGAUCUGGAUUUACAUGGCUCAAAAAGAAGGUUGCCGCUGGUCGGAGACUUCCCUCCUUUUUCUGAAGAAGCCAUUCUCAAAAUGGAGCGUGGAGGAAAUUUUCUGCAGGUUGCAUAUCAAUCUGAAGAUAUUAAUAUUUUGCCUUAUAUUUCCCCAACACGUUCACAUAUGAGCGGAUCCCAGCGCCUUAAUAAAACCCUCAGAAAGAGAAAGAACUGUUUUAAUAGGCAACAAGCUGUGAGAAUGCUCAAGGUCAACAGCAUUUAAGUAUUUGACACCUACUGAACUCCGACGCACCCCAGAACAGACUCUUCAUCUUUCCCUGCUGGUGUUAUCACGGCUUAUGCUUGAUUCACUGCUGUCAACAUGUUAUUUGGACAGAGUAAAAAGACAUAACGGAUGUGAUGAGAUGCAAGAGGCCAGUAACAUCAUAGCGGACCGACACAGAACUCAAAAAACUUUGUUCAAAUGCAGAAAAACAACUUGAACAUCAGGUUUUAAUACCUGUAUAAUAAUGAUGAGCCAUUUUUGAGAACAUGGGAGAAAAAUAUGAAUUUUGUGAUUUUUAAAUUGGUCAUUUUUUCUUAUUAAGGGAGAAUGUACCAUAAAAUUAUUUACAACAAUUUUACCCUUCUGAAAUAUUAGUUUACCUUAAUGAAUUCAACUGUCAUACAUCGCAGGCUUUACAUAAUGACGUGAUUUCUCUCAGGCACAGAAGUAUUACUUAAGAUAUCAGUGUUUAACGCAUUUCUUAAGUAGUUGGUGACAUUCAAAAUGUGCUCAAAGAGCAAUACACCAAAUCAUAUUUCACAGUACAACUCAAGCGAUAAAUGCAACCAAUAAUCUAACCUACAAGUUACCAUAUAAGAACCUAUUAAAGUUCUAACAAGAGUUGUGUUGGUAUUUAUAUGUCAAUCAAUAGUUAUACAGAGGUAUUUAUUACUGUAAAUGUCUUAAGAGGGAAAGUGUCCUCUGGAUAGCAUAAAUAUGCUUUAAUUAAAGGGUCAGUUCGCACAGAAAUUAAUAUUAUGUAAACUGUUACUCACCCUCAUGUCAUUCCGAGCUUUCCUGUGUUAUUUUCUUUCUUCCAUGCAAAAAAAAGUUUUUGGUUUUCGUUAGGGUAGCGCCAUGUUUAAUUUUGGCGGGAAUGAAAACGAAGCAUUGAGGGAUAUAGAAGUAGUAACGAAACAAAUACAAAAAUUUUAACAUUUAAUUUAGCACAUUUUAUACAGUACAUGCCAUCUAAAAACAGUCCAUCCCCCAGACUCGUUUUGAGCUGCAUAAAAUUAUAAACGGUGUCUG